AUGCCAACGGAACUGGACUCAAAGGAUGGCAUCCUCAUUCGCACCAUGACGGUGGCCGACUACCAGCCCCUGAAGACGCUUAUGGGGGGCAAUUUCUUUAAAGGAGAACCGCUCGGUGAGCUUUACGAACCAGAAUGGGUCAUAAAGUUCAAAGAUGAGUAUUACAUUUCUAUGAUCGAGCAGGGCACCUGCCUGUUGGCGGUAGAUGAGAACAAUGGCGGACGCAUUGUGGGCUACGUACUGGCCCAUGCCCAGACCCCUGACGAUUUGGAUAGGGAUCGCAAGAGGGCCGCUGCCAGUGAGCCAAAUACAUGGGAGGAUAUUCUUGUGUUUCUGUCCAGAGUCGAUAUAGAAGUCAAUCUCUUCAAGCGUUAUGGAAUUUCAGAACUGCUCUUCUCCUUCAUGACCCAUGUGGUUGCCCCAAUGCGUGGCAAAGGGCUGGGCUCACGUCUGGCUGCCGCUCUGAUGGAAAUUGGGCGCAAAAAGGGCUUUCCCCUUAUGGUAGCACAAUGCAUCAGCUACUACUCGGCACGUCAGAAGGAAGCCUUGGGCAUGGAGUGCGCAUACUCGAUAGCCUAUGCCGAUUACAAGGACGAAAGUGGCCAAGUGGUGUUCAAACCAGCUGCACCACACACACAUUUACGUGUUAUGGUCAUCAAACUCUAAGUUGUUUUAUUGUUAUUAUAAAUAUAAAGCACCAUUUGAUAUUUGGCUGGAGCUAUAUUUGUCUAGCUGUUGCUAUUAAAUUUGGUGCUUAUAGUCCGAUCCGAUCCGAUAAAAAAUACUCUUGGUUAAGUGUUGUA